UGUCAGUGAAACUCAGUGGCGGCUCGCGGCAUAGCUGCAGUCAUGGAGUACUGCUGGACGCUUUUCCUAGGAGGAUUAUACAAUCCUAUGGAUUUUUAUGAUGUUUUCCAGACACAAAUUGAAGCGUUUUCUGGAAAUGAAGGAUAAUUUUAGUUCACUUUCGUUUUUUCUGGACCUUCCUUGAGCCGAAAGCGACUUUUAACAAGGACUUAACUUCAUAUGCUAACUGAAGCUAACUCAAAUCAAUGCCAGUCUUUUUCAAGACAGAAAGUGUUUUAUCACAACAUUUGUGUGAUCUCAGUUUAUCUUUCUUGUCAUGUAUUUAUGUUAGUAUAUAAAGAUAGCGUUCCUGGAAGUCAGAGAGUUUAAUAUGAAUUCAUCGGUGGAUUUAUCGCUGAAGAAAGCGUUGAAAACUCCUCCAUCGCGACGAACGGCUGAGGAUCUGAACACCAUCUACACUCACCUGUACCAUAUGGAUGUGCUGUCUCACCUCAGAGAACAUCAGCUCAGGUCCAUGUGUAUGACAGCGAGGUACCAGCAUUAUGAAGCCAACCGUAUUCUCUUUAAUGCGGACACCAUCUCCACGUGCUGGUACAUCCUGCUGACGGGCUCUGUGUUUGUGAAGGAACACAUGUACCUGGCAAGAUGCUGUUUUGGAAGACAGCGUGGAGGAAGACGAGGCUGUGAAUGCAUCACUCUAGAGCCGUCAGAAAUGAUUGUGGUGGAGAACACCAGCGACAGCGAGGACGCUGCCCAACAGAGAGAUGGAUCUGAGCGACACUCACGACGGCGCUUUCGUAAGGUCAAUCCUCGAGGAGAACGACAGCUGAUAACAGACUCAAAUCAGGAUCAUUCACAGACGGAUUAUGCAGAAGAGCAGCUUCCUGGUGACCUCAGCAAGAUGCACCUGACAGACCAUCCCCAUGUGCCACCCAGCCAAUCAGGAUGCAGCAUUGCCAGUGACUCGGGGAGCAGCAGCUUAUCAGACAUUUACCAGGCCACCGAGAGUGAGAUGGGUGAUGUGGAUCUCUCCGGUCUACCUGAAGCUCCUGUGGACUCUGAGGAAGAAGAGGAAGAUGAAGACAUUGAGCGUUCCUCUGAGGCUCUUCUGGCCAGAGAUCUGGUGCGCGAGUGCCUGGAGAAGGAUGCUGUGGAUCGGACUGACGAUGAUAUUGAGCAGCUCCUGGAGUUUAUGCAUCAGCUGCCGGCGUUUGCUAACAUGACAAUGUCUGUCAGGAGAGAGUUGUGUCGGGUCAUGAUGUUUGAGGUGGUGGAACAGGAAGGAACCAUCAUACUCCAGGACAAACAGGAGUUGGAUUUGUGGUAUGUGAUCCUCAAUGGUGCUGUAGAGAUAAGCUAUGGAGACGGCCGAGCAGAGAUCCUGUGCAUGGGGAACAGUUUCGGCAUCACGCCGUCUUUAGACCGACAGUUCAUGAGCGGUGUGGUGCGCACUAGAGGAGAUGACUGCCAGUUUGUGUGCAUCGCUCAGGAGGAUUACUGCCGCAUCCUCAACCAUGUGGAGAAAAACACGCACAAGGUGGAGGAGGAGGGUGAGAUUGUCAUGGUGAAGGAGCAUCGAGAGCUGGACCGCAGCGGCACAAGGAAGGGACAUGUUGUUAUUAAGGGCACACCUGAGCGUCUCAUCAUGCAUCUGGUGGAGGAGCCGUCAGUUGUAGAUCCCACUUACAUUGAGGACUUCCUGCUCACAUACCGAACUUUCCUAUCCAGCCCCAUGGAAGUGGGCAAGAAACUUCUGGAAUGGUUUAAAGUGGACUCUCUAAGAGACACGGUAACAAGAAUCGUGUUGUUGUGGGUGAACAAUCAUUUUAAUGAUUUCGAAGGAGAUCCCGUCAUGACUCAGUUCUUGGAGGACUUUGAGAAGUUACUGGAUUCCUCGAAAAUGAAGGGUCACCUGCGUCUGCUGAACAUCGCAUGUGCUGCAAAAGCCAAGUGUCGUCAGGUAACUCUACAAAAGGCAUCUAGAGACUCAUCGCUCCUCUUCGCGGUGCAGGGCGGCAGCGAGCGCGGCUUUGGCAUCUUCAUCGAAUCCGUUGAGGUUGGGAGUAAAGCUGCAGAUGCAGGACUCAAGCGUGGAGAUCAGAUAAUGGAGAUCAAUGGGCAGAACUUUGAGAACAUCUCAUACUCCAAAGCGAUGGACUUCUUGAAAAACAACACGCACCUCUCUCUGACUGUAAAGACUAAUAUCUUUGUUUUUAAAGAGCUUCAGAGUCGCAUGAAACACGAGAAGAAGAAUGGUGCUCCUCAUAUCCCAAAGAUCCAUGAGAAGAAGAGUAACCGAUUCUCCAUUGCUGACCUGCCUGGAAACUUGGAGUUUCCCACUGAUAACAAAAGCCACAAGAAGAUGAAGGCCAACACAGUGUCUGGAGGACGCAACAAGAUCCGAAAGAUGCUGGAGAAGACCAGGUUCAGCAUCCUGCCUCCAAAACCCUUCAGUGAUUCUGGUGUUAUUCAGUCUCAGGAUGACAGUAUCGUGGGCACUAAACAGUGCCGCCACAGUGUGGCGAUAAUGCCCAUCCCAGGCAGCCUGUCGUCCAGCAGCCCGGACCUGCUGCAUCCUGCAACCAACGCACUGGACUUCACCAAUCCAUCAGUGGCCAGCUUCUACUACAUUCCAGAUCAGGUGAUCCGUGUGUUCAAGGCCGACCAGCAGAGCUGCUACAUCAUCAUCAGUAAAGACACCACAGCCAAAGAUGUCGUCUCUCAUGUAGUCAGUGAGUUUAAUCUCAUCGCUGCUUCGGACACAUACUCACUCUGUGAGGUCUCUGUGAGUCCUGAAGGGGUCAUCAAGCAACGUAGACUGCCUGACCAGCUCUCCAAACUGGCCGACCGCAUCCAGCUUAAUGGCAGGUACUAUCUGAAGAACAACAUGGAGACGGAGACGCUCUGCUCAGAUGACGAUGCUCAGGAGCUCUUGAGGGAAAGUCAUAUCAGUCUUCUGCAGCUCAGCACGAUGGAGGUCGCCGCACAGCUCUCCAUGAGAGACUUCGGCCUGUUUCGUAACAUCGAGUCCACCGAGUACGUAGACGAUCUAUUCAAGCUGGACCCCGGUGGAGGCAGCAGCAGCCGUCUGAAGCAGUUUGAGGAGGUCGUCAACCAGGAGACCUUCUGGGUAGCCACGGAGAUCCUCCGUGAGCCCAACACGCUCAAGCGCAUGAAGACCAUCAAGCACUUCAUCAAGAUCGCCUUGCACUGCCGCGAGUGUAAGAACUUCAACUCCAUGUUCGCAAUUAUCAGUGGUCUUAACCUGGCCCCAGUUGCACGGUUAAGGAGCACGUGGGAGAAACUGCCCAGUAAAUAUGAUAAACUGUUUCGGGAUCUUCAAGACAUCUUCGAUCCGUCACGUAACAUGGCCAAAUAUCGCAACAUCCUGAGCAGCCAAAGCGUCCAGCCGCCAAUCAUUCCAUUGUUUCCUGUUGUGAAGAAAGACCUCACCUUUCUCCACGAAGGUAACGACUCCAGUGUGGACGGCCUUGUGAAUUUUGAAAAGUUACGAAUGAUUGCCAAGGAGAUUCGACAUGUUGUGCGCAUGACAUCUGCCAACAUGGACCCAGCGCUCAUGUUCAGACAGAGGAAGAAGAGAUGGAAGAGUUUAGGAUCUCUGAGUCAGGGCAGCACCAACUCGAACCUGCUGGACGUCCAGGGCAAUCACAAGAAGCGUGUCAGACGCAGCUCUCUGCUGAACGCUAAGAAGCUGUACGAGGACGCUCAGAUGGCUCGGAGGGUGAAGCAGUACCUGGCGCACCUGGAGGUGGAGACGGAUGAAGAGAAGUUUCAGAUCAUGUCUCUGCAGUGUGAACCAGCCUACAGCACAUUAUCUAAGAACCUGAGCGAGCGUCGUUCUGCUAAAUCAGACAUGUCUCCCGCACCCACCCGGUCCGGUCUGUCCUCGGCCAAGACUCAGAACCGCGUCUCACAGGUUCUUCAGGUUCCUCCUGUGAGUCUGUAUCCUCUCCGAAAGAAGAGCAUCGCUAAAGAGCUGGCCGCUUCAUUCAGUCCAAACUCACCUCUGAAGAAAGCAGCUGCUUCAAGUGAUGAGACGUCUAUAAAGAGAUCUGAGGAUCCAUCCACCGCCUCAUCCCGGCACUCCAGUCCUACUGUUUCCCCACAGGGGUCUCCUCGCAAAGUGGGUGGAGCUCCAAAACCAAACUGCAAUCAGAUGAAUCUGUCGGGGUCGUCGUCGUCUCUUACGAGCGAGGCCAGUAGCAGAGCCACGGUCAGCGGACCGACUGGCCGCACCUACGGCAUAGGUUACGCUCUCAUGCCAACGGUCAGGUCUGAUCUGUCUGACUCCAGUGAGAUCUCAUCUCGCUCCAGCAUCGUCAGUAACUGCUCUGUAGACUCCAUGCCCACACCAGCUUCUGUUAUCUGUCCGCCAGAGACGGGCGCACACAAUGACUGCGGUCAGCCUGGCACCAGUUCGUAUAUCCCCCGAUAUUCCACGGCCAGAGGUUCGACGUUCCCCUCCUCCACCAGUACCGAAGAGUUGCCGGGUGCCGAGCACGUCUCCGUCUCUGAACUGGCAGACAGCGGGCGCGGGAGCUGGACCUCCUGUUCCAGUAACUCUCACGACAGCCUCCAGACGCUUCCAGGCCAACGCGCUUUAGAUCUGCUCAAUCAUCGACACACUCCCAUGGGCGGCCCGAUCGCUGAGGUGGAAUUGGGUCCGGGCCUGCCAGAGGACAGCUGCUCUCGAGACGGCUCUGAGUUCGGUCAGUCCAGACAGUCCUGGACGUCCUCCAGCUCUCUGUCCGACACCUACGAGGGAAGUUACGGCACCGUCAAGCGCAAGGUGGGAGAUCAGAUGACUUCUGACGCCCAGGAAAGCACAGAUCCUGCGUACAAAAUGAUCACGUCGAGCACGGAUAGAGGACUUAUAGUGUACUGUGUAACGUCACCCUGCAAAGAUGAUAGAUUCAAAGCACCGCCCCCCACUCCUCCAGGUUACCAGGGUUUGGCUCUGGGCGACGCACACGCACAAGGAGGAGUCUUACGCCCGCCCCACAUAAAGCCGCCCGACUAUAGCGUGGCAUUGCAGAGGUGCAAACUGCGACACAGCCUGGCUGAGGCGACGCUGUCCAGACCGUCCAGUGUUAUUCUUCAUCCUCACGCUGAUAGCGAGGAGGAUGAGCAGGUGUCUGCCGUGUGACACCAGACGUGUGAUGGACAUCUGACCUUCAUCUCAACAAACAAAUAAACUUAAACGCAGCCAUGCUUUCUGAAAAUGUUCAUGCAGGUUUACUCCAGUGUUGUUUUGGGAUUAUAUUUUUACUUUGACAGAUCUGUCCUUUGCUCUUAAUCAUCAACAAACUCAUUUGAAGAAAUCUCCGUUGGCUGCCGGAAGAUUCGUUGCAUUUUCAUCUGAUGCAAAGCUUUAAACACCUCAACAUUUCUUAUGAAUGGGAGAAUGAUUUGAAAUAUCUCUGAAAUUAAACAUGUCACUUUAUUUAUGAUCAAAUGAAUCAAUACUUUACCAGUUUCACAAUCGAACUUUUACCUGACAGCCUGACCCUGAACAAAUGUUGUGUUUGAAAUAUACAAAACAGCUGCUAUAGAUUGAACAAAAGAGUUGAUGUGAAUCCAGAAUGGUUUACUUUGGUUUCACAAACACAUUCCCAGUCUGACUGUGCACAGCUUAUGAGUGGACCUGUUUCCAAAGAUAAACAAAUGUUGUCUUGAAUUUAAAGUCUCUGUCUCUUAAACAACUUUUCAUGUGAUGUCAUCAAUCAGGUCCUCUUAUAUUCAGACUCCUCCCACCCAGCUAUUAUCUAUCAGAAUGAUUCCACAUCAUAUUAAGAUUUACACAAAGUUUGAAAACGUGAGAUCCUCUUAACUGCUCAGAGAUGAACACUGAUGGUACUUUAAUGAUGUUUAUUAUUUUCACACAGCUUAUUGUAUGUGCCGAGCGGUUUUCUACAUGAAGACGUUUGUGUGGUAGCGCUUCAUUACGCAUGCAUCGGACGCGUUUACGCAAAAGUCCGAACAAUUUGUUUACAGUGUUUCUUAGAGCUAAUGGUUGUCUGUUUUACAACUAAAAAGUGCGACCGUGCCGGGUGUGGCUAGAUGUAGAUGUAAAAAGUUUAUUUUCCAUGCAAUAAGAUUGUGUGGAGGCAGCACUGGGCAUCAGCUCGCCCUCCCUCUGACUUCUACAUUGUCAGCUUUUGGAUUUGCUCCUCGUGUUGUUGUUGUUGUUGUAUAUAGUGACUAAGAUCAAUACUGCUUGUCAGGGGAGAAAUAUAUUUAUAUGCUAGAUGUGCAUUUUCAUUCUUUGUUAGUUGAUGCUCUUUGGAAAGUACAUUUUGUAUAGAAUGCAAAAGUUGAAUAGUUGUUGCUCUGUAAACAGGAUACAUUUGUACAUGAAUUGAAUCUUACAGUAGCUGUAUAGCGUUAAAAUGAGACAAAUCUGUAUUAUAUUAUGGGAUAUAACUGGAGUAUUAUCUUUUUUUAAUUUACUUUGCCUGUCUGGAUGCAAUUUUCUCGGCUUUAUGUGUUGUUUUAUCAUACAGCAACAUUGAUUGUUGAUAUUAAUGAUAUAAGCUUCAUUUUUUUUUACUUAUUUUGUUUUGUAAAUGAAUGUUACUGAUCAUGUACAGCUGACCACAGAGCGCUCUAUAAAGACUGUAUUUUGAAUAUUUUGUUAAUAAAUCUGGGGUUUUGAUGCUCCGGUUACUGGACACAAAUGUCUUUAAACUUU